AUGCGCAGUGGACGAGACUCACUUCGUUUUCAUUCCAGAAUAUUUCCCGUCGGUCGGAACAGUUCGACCCGCGUCACGAACGUUCCUCUCACGGUUUGUCCCGGGAGCUCACUAACCGGACUCCGGGAGCUGAAGGCGGGCCCGUGUCACCCCCGGUACCGGCGGCUAGCUGCUAGCUGCUAGUUAGCUUGCUUGGUUAGCUCCUGAGCUAACGGAAUGGACCUGUUCGACGACCUGCCGGAGCCCACACGGACCGGCGGUUCGGUUUUGUCAGCGCCGCUCACGGUGCGACCGCGGGCCACCGACGAAGAGGAGGAGGAGGAGGAAGAGGAGGAGGAGAGGAGUGUAAAAAGAAAACGAGAAGAUGCUCAGUCUGAUGAGAGGGAGGAGCGAGGGAAGAUCAAGAAAGUUUGUAAAGAAGGCCUCCCCGUGCUGAGGGGCUACGUGGCGGCGAGGCGUGGCGAGCGGGACGAGAUGCAGGACGCCCACGUGCUGCUGCCGGACAUGAGUGGCUGUCUGUCGACUCUGCCUGGACAAGUAUCACGUGUUUCCUACUUUGCGGUAUUCGACGGUCACGGCGGAGCUCGAGCCUCCCGAUUCGCUGCAGAGCAUCUCCAUCACAAUCUGGCCAAGAAGUUCCCGAGCGGAGAGAAUGAGAAUCUGGACAAACUGAUCAAGAAAUGUCUCCUGGACACUUUCAGACAGACGGAUGAAGACUUUCUGAGAAAAGCCUCCAGCCAGAAACCGGCGUGGAAGGACGGGUCGACGGCCACGUGUGUGCUGGUGGUGGACGACACGGUGUACGUGGCCAGUCUGGGCGACAGCAGGGCAGUGUUGUGUCGGACGGAGGCGGCGGCGGCGGCAGAUGGACAGAGGAAGACAGUGACUCUGGCUCUGAGUAAAGAGCACAACCCGACCAUGUAUGAGGAGAGGAUGAGGAUCCAGAGAGCGGGAGGCACCGUCCGGGACGGCAGAGUGCUCGGCGUCCUCGAGGUUUCCCGCUCUAUCGGCGACGGACAGUACAAACGCUGUGGAGUCAUUUCCUCACCCGACCUGAGGAGGUGUCAGCUCUCAGCCAAUGACAGGUUCAUCGUUCUCGCCUGUGACGGUUUGUUCAAGGUGUUUUCUGCCGACGAAGCCGUUCGAUUCGUCCUAAACGUCCUGCAGGAUGGGAGUGUGGAGCAGAGGGCGGGGUUAACAGAGGAGGAGGUGCGGUUUGAAGCUGCCUGUCAGCAGCUGGCCAGUGAGGCGGUGAGACGAGGCUGCGCCGACAACGUCACCGUGAUCCUGCUCUCUGUUGGCUUCUGAACACACACACACACACACACACACACACACACACACACACACACAGCUACUGUUGUCUGCCUUGUUUUGUCUGUUUUCCAAUAAAAUCCUUUUCUUUA